AUUAGUUUAUCCAAAUUUUAUCUGUUUUGUUUAUGUCUCUUUGAGAAAGUAAAAAAAUUCAAAAACUAGUCAACAAGCAUUCAAAAGAAAAUAUACAUAAUUGUCUGUAGACCAUAUAGACUUUUCAUAUCGUUAAGAUAACAACAUUGGCCUUAUUUACCGUAAAGAAAUUCUAAAGUUUUUAUCUAUGAUUUGUACGAUUACAAGAUAUAUUAUAAAAAAUAACAGAAAUAUUCGUUUAUUUAGUCAACGUGCUGAGCCAGAUAUGACCUUCAAAGUUUUAAUCGCAAUAGACGGUAGCGAACAAUGCCGUAACGCUUUUGAUUGGUAUUUGAAGAUGUUACACAGCAGCAAUAAUUCUGUCGUCUUGGCAACUGUUUCAGACACUCAAGUUCAACCUGCUUACGCAUUUAGAGCCGGAUUAGCAUUACCUCAAGAGCAGUGGAAAGCUAUGGUAGCUGAGGAUGAGAAGAGGGUUAAAGACCUACUUUCCACCUAUGGAACAUCAUUGAAAGCAAAUGGGAUUCCGUACAAGACUAGAGCAGAAGUUGGGAGUAAUGCUGGACAGCAUUUAUGUCAUAUGGCUAAGAAAGAAAAAGCCGACAUGAUAGUUAUGGGGACGCGUGGUCUCGGAACCGUACGAAGAACAGUUUUGGGAAGCGUGAGCGACUACGUUCUUCACCAUUCUACUGUUCCAGUAUCUAUAUGUCCGCUUUCAUAAUAAUAUAUAUGCACAAAUUCCGUCACUCUUUAACUGUAUUUCUUAAAACAAUACAACUUUUAGUUAGAUGGAGUGAGCACACAUAUGCCGCCGGCCUUCUUAAUUUUUUCUUCGGCUUUUCGGCUGAAGAAUCUAGCCUUAACAACGACUGGCUUGCUUGGGAGUUUUCCCUUGCCGAGUACCUUGAAGAAACCAGAUUUAACUACGUUGAUAACCGGGGCGGUCUCCUUGUCGGGUUUUUCCCCAAAGUAUUUUUCGCGGUGUUGUUCGCUCAAUAGGGACCAUAAUUUAUCGACGUUGACAGUAGGGCAGAAGAACUUGUUAUUCGUCUUGUGAAAGUAACGCAUACCAACUUUUCCGAAGUAACCAGGAUGGUACUUGUCAUAGUUGAUUCUAUGGUGGUGUUGACCGCCGGCAUUACCGCGUCCACCCGGGUGCUUACGGUGUUUACCAACUCUUCCGUGUCCAUGGCUGACGUGGCCCCUCAAUUUACGGGUCUUCUUGGUCUUGGUCGGCAUAUUUUUACGAUUUUAUGCGCACACGUUUUUCUACAGAUCAAG